AUGCGUAUAUAUAUCCUCUUGAUAGCAGCGUUACAACCACAUUUAAACAUGAAUCAGAAUAAUAUUCAUCUUCUUGAUCUUCCAAAUGAAAUACUAUUUCUUAUUUUGAAAAAACUUGACAAUAUUGAUGUUCUUUAUUCUUUACAUGGUAUCAACAAUCAACGACUUGACAUUAUAGCACAUGAACAAAUCUUCAGUAACGUACUUAAUUUUGUUUCCAUAUCACAACCAACUGAUGAGAUUUCUUUAAUUUCUGGUUCAAUACUAAAUCGAUUUUGUAAUGACAUAUUACCAAAAAUUCAUGAAAAGGUCAAAUCUCUCACUCUUGAUUCCGUUUCUAUGGAAUGUAUCCUUCGUGCUGGUAACUAUCCCAAUCUUACUGAACUUAAACUUUUCAAUUUCAACAAAAUAAUCAUUUCACGUUAUUUCAUUAGUAAGAUAUUCAUGUGUACUGAUCCUUUAGAAGAUUAG